UGGUCCUAGCAGAACCCUGCUGGUCUGUUCAGCCACACCCCUGCGGAUCGCCUCCUGUCUGACUGGACCUCUGAGCCAUGGCAGGUUGUUUGGACUACUUUCUCCCGACGAGGGCCAGGUAGUGGGUCAAUCAGGGAAGGUGCUCCGGCGAUGUGUGCUGUGAUUGGUCAGUGAAGCUGAUCCAAGAUGGCGGCCGCCAUCGCCAGCUCCCUGAUUCGUCAGAAGCGGCAGGCGCGGGAGGCGAGCGGGGAGAAGGUGGUGAGCGGGAAGAGGAGGUCCUCCCCCAGUAAGGAGAAGCGGUGUGGGAGGCAUCUCCUCACCCUGCUCUCCAACGCCCGCUUCUGCUCCAACAAGAAGAAACCUGUCCACCGAAAGCCAGAGCAGCUGAAGGGGAUCGUAACGCGGCUCUUAGGUGAACACGGCUUCUACCUCCAGAUGCAGCCCGACGGAACCGUUGGCGGCAGCAAGGACGAGAACAGCGACUUCACUCUCUUCAACCUGAUCCCGGUGGGUCUGAGGGUGGUGGCUAUGCAAGGUGUGAAGGCUGCACUCUAUCUGGCCAUGAAUGGAGAGGGCUACCUGUACACCUCGGAUAUCUUCACAGCAGAGUGUAAGUUCAAGGAGUCAGUGUUUGAGAACUACUACGUCAUCUACUCCUCCACACUGUACCGGCAGCAUGAGUCCGGGCGCGCUUGGUUCCUGGGCAUCAACAAGGACGGAGGCAUCAUGAAGGGGAACCGAGUGAAGAAGACCAAACCCUCCUCUCACUUUGUACCACGGCCCAUCGAAGUGUGCAUGUACAAGGAACCGUCUCUCCAUGAGAUUGAGGGCCGUCUUAAGGACUCGGAGCUGAACAUGGAGGAGGGCGAGAAGGGAGGAGAGGAGGAGGACGGGGAGAAGGGAGGACAACAGGACCUGCAGCAGGUGGACACUACCCGGCAGGAGGCCUCGUAGCCCACAGCACCUCCCCCGCCACACGCACACCACAACCGCCACCCCGGUUGACAUGUUGACAACCACCGCGGUUACCAUGACGAGGAUAACGACAACCACAGCUACCGUGACGACCAUCACUACCCCGUUGACCAUGACAAACACCACCACUGUAACAUGACGACAACCGCCAUCGCGGUUCCCACUGUUCCCACAUGGUUACCAUGACGAUGACAAACACCACGGUUACCACCUUAACCAUGACAACAACCCCUCCAUGUUUACUAUGACAACACUGCCACCUCCAUUAGAAACGUUACCAUGAAGACACCCGCCACCACCAUGUUUACCACCAUGGCCAUGACAACAGCGUCAACCAGAAUUACCACGAUUACCAUGACAACCACCGCCAUUACCAUUACUAUAACAUUAUGAUGACACAGACGACAGCAGCCAAUAUUGUUACCAUGACAACAAAAGCCACACAUGUUACCAUGGUUACCAUGACUACCAUUACCAUGACGACUGCCACCCCAUGACCCGUCAGCGACAAAACACAAUUAAAAGCAAAAAUUAAGAAAAAAAAAUCCUCUUCUUGCCUGUGCUCAAAUGUUUAAAAAAAAUUGAACUAAUUUUAUUUUGAGGAUAGUAAGAAGAACUUUGAUCACAUUUUAUGCAAAAGCCCUGGUGAGACCACCCAUCAUCGCCAUGACGACGGAGUGAGAACUUGAAGCCAUGUUAGGUCCCAAACUGCACUUUCUCCCCCACUACUAGAUGUUGUACAAUAUGUAUACUAAUAGACCCUCACCAUCAUCUCUCAUUGGGGUUAGGGGUCGGGGUUCCCAGAUAAAAGGGGGGGGGGGGGUUAGCAGACACUGCCUAUAUAACUGAAUGGUGGGGGCGGGGGGGGUAAGUACUGUGUUGAACUAGGAGAUGAUGAGUAGUCACCCUUCUAGACCAGAGUCGACACCUUUAAAACCUGGAGACCUAGACCACGCUAGGCUUUAAACAUGAGGACCUAGACCAAGAGAGACCUUUAAACCUGUCGACCUAGACUAAACCAGACCUUGAGACCCAGACCCAACUAGACCUUGACAAAGCUGACCAGUUAGACCCAGCUUUAGAGCUAGGCCAGCUAGACCCAGCUUUAAACCUAGACCCAGCUUCAGACAGACCCAGCUUUAGACAUAGACCCAGUUUCAGACAGACGCAGCAUCCCAGCUAGACCAAGCUUUAGACGCAGACCCAGCUUUAGACAUAGACCCAGCUUCAGACAGACCCAGCUUUCGACUGAGACAAGAACUUUAGAACUUUGAGGCGCCUACGCAUGAAGAGCUUUCAGCGUUGUCAGCAUGGCCAGCAUGGCCGGUUGAGCUAGCCCAACCUGGCAUUGACGCUGCCCUAAGGGAAGAGGUGAGCUUGGAUUCCUCACUUUGAUGCUGCGCUCAAAGUUUAAACUACUUAAACUCUGACAAGCUGGACUCUGAAGAGCGUCCAAUCAGAUGACUGCUUCAUUUGAUGUUCUAAAACAUAUAGAAUCUCAAUGCUAAUGAAUGCUUCAUGAGCCCAAAGGGCUGAGCGCCCGACUGCUGGCCGGCUCGAUUGUAAAGGCCCAACUUGGACGCUCAUCAUGUGUUGACCGCAAUAGACCUAAAUCAAGCUUUAGACCUCUAGACCUAGACCAAGCUAGACCUUUAGAGCUAGACCCAGUUUUAGACCCAGAGAGUAGGUGUGGUCCCUUGCUACAACCACACAACAGGAAGUAGUCGUGGCGACAGGGCCGUCCUUCCUGGGGUCUUUCUGAGACGUCAGGGCGGAGAGGUCGGAGGUCAUGAAGGGUGACCAUCAGUCCCUAGUUGAUGUGUUUUCAUUUCAUUGGUCACCGAGUUACGAAUGGAUGAACCAAUCAAAAGCCAGGUCUUACUGCCUCUGAGAUCGUCUUCCAAUAGGAACCGUAUGAGGGGGGAGGGAUGGGAGGAACCUGAUAUUCACUUUACUUUCUCCCCAGGGUGUCUGAGGCCUCAAUCUGUAGUAGCCAAUAGGAGCAGAGCGCAAUACAAUUAGAAUGUUUCGAGGUCUUAUGCCACUCCCCUCCCUCACCCCAUGAAGCACUGCCGCCCCAACCAUGUGAUGAUGUCAUAAUCAGGCGACGCGUGUGGUAUUUUUGUUGCUUCUGAGAAAUCAUUUCAUAACUGCAGCAGGAAGACAAAGAAAAUAAACAACAAAUAAAACCAA